CGGGCCCGCAACCCCGCGGCCGGAAGAGCAGCCUGGAGUCGCGAAGAGAGCCCAGUGGGAGAGGGGGCUCACGGCCGAGCCCCCAGGGUGGGGGCACCCGGGCCAGCCCUUCAGGUGGGCACAGCAGGGGCGCAUCCAGCCUACAGAGGGCUCCUGUCUGGGGCUGAGGCACACACUCAGCUGAACAGGUAGCAAGACAAGGAGGGGAACAGUCUGGGAAAAUAAACCUGUUGGAAAGGUAGGGAGGACAGGAGGGCUGGCAAGGCCUACACUGAGACCGGGAAGAAGACACUGAACACCCCAGCACGCUGCGGCUCCACUCCCAGGCAGGAUCAGCCUGGGGUCUGCCGCCCGUGCAGGCAUCUGCAUUUUCAAGAUGUGACGUGAGGUGCUGCCAGGAGACACAUGGCACCUCCUUGCCUGGAUGUUUGACCCCCAGCAGGAGAGGGCAGCUGCCUGCAGGUUAGAUGUUAAUGGACCCAGCCUGGGACAGAUCCCACAGGCCUCGACCGGGCACAGCCAGCAUCCAGGUACGGGAGCUGAGCUGGCAGGGCCUGCAAAACCCCUGUCCACAGAGCAAAGGCCUAGGCAAUCGUGGGGACAGCCACAGAGAGCAGCUGGCAGAGGAGUACCUGUCCCCUGCCCGACUGCAGGCUCUGGCACAGGUGGACGACCUCCGACUGGUGAGGGUGCUGGAGAUGAGCGUGGAUACGCGUGAGAGCAGCCUGCGCAACUUCGGGGUGCACCUGCCCAACCUGAGCCAACUGAAGUUGAAUGGCAGCCGUUUGGGCUCCCUCCGAGACCUGGGUACCUCUCUGGGCCGCCUGCAGGUACUGUGGCUGGCUCGCUGUGGCCAGGCCGACCUGGACGGCAUCAGCUCCUUCCCAGUGCUGAAGGAACUCUACGUCUCCUACAACAACAUCGCAGACCUGAGCCCGCUGUGCCUGCUCGAGCAGCUCGAGGUACUGGACUUGGAGGGCAACAGCGUGGACGACCUGGGGCAGGUGCGCUACCUGCAGCUGUGCCCACGGCUGGCCACACUCACCCUGGAGGGCAACCUGGUGUGCCUGCGGCCGGCCCCCGGCCCCUCCAACAAGGUGCCCGUGGACUACAACUACAGGGCAGAGGUGAGGAAGCUCAUCCCCCAGCUGCAGGUCCUGGACGAGGUGCCGGCCACGCACACGGGCCUGCCAGCGCCGCUGAAGCUGAACCAGGACUGGCUCAUGGUGAAGGAGGCCAUCAAGGAGACCCGCGUCCUGGGCAGGCUUCUCCCCUGGCUGGAUCACCCCCAUGGAGACCCAGAGCUGCCCCUGCCUGAGACCCAGCCCCGGACCCCCAGGCCCUGGCCCCUCUCCCUGCUACCCGGGGGCCCCGCGCCUGAAGGCCUGCUUCCGGAUGACCUGGCCUCAGAGGACAACGCCAGCAACCUCACCCAUGGUGCUGGCCAGGUCCUCUGUGGGAACCCCAUCAAAGGCCUACGCGAGCGUAGACACCAGUGCCAGGCCUGGACACCCUCAGAGCAGCUACCUCAGCACGAGCCAGAACACCUGGCCGCCAGCACCUCCACCGCGGAACCCGACUCGGGCAGCUGUGACCAUCUGGCCAUGGCUGGGCUUCAGGCCUGGAGGGAGCCCGGCCUGUGCCCCCUCCCCUCUAGCCACCUGGAAUCCCAGCAGGAAGGGACUGCACUCCCCCAGAGCCCACGGAGGGCCCCAGAAGAACAAGAGGAACAGGCUGGGCCCAAGCGCCCUCCCAGCGCCCCGCGCCCAGCCUCAGAACUUCCCAGGACCACGGGCUGUCACCUGACCCCUUCUCCCCCCAAACACCCACCUGACUGGGGCAGCAGCUCCCCCUGGGGGUCUGCAGACCUGCCCUUCAGGAGACGUCGGCUCAGAGCCCUGGGCAGUCUGGGGUCUGACCUAGGUCAGGGGCUGGCUGCAGUGACUACCCUGAGAGCCCUGGAGGUGACCUCAAGCCCAAGCCCUCGAGUCCAGGGACGUCUAGACCCAAAGGCAGCACGAGAAGCAGUGGCCAGGUCCCCGGGCCUUCGGUGCCUGCAGCACCUGGCCCCCAGUCACCCCAGCCCAUUCCCACCCUUGGCAUAAAUGCCCAACACUGCCAAGCUUGCCAGGACUGGGGCCAAGGGGCACCCUGUGGUUGUGGGAGCCCCAUAUGGACUCUGGCCUCUGGGCCCCAGAGCAUCUGGGAGGGUGUGUUGGGGGUGGGAGGUAGGCCUGGCCCUGCAGAGGCUCCUCUUGGUGGAGGGGAGUGGCGGUUGGGACCAGCCAGGGAGCAAGAGGCCAGGGCUGGGUUUAGCCUGGGUGUGAGGCAGCCCCGGCUGGCCCCAGGCCUGGCCUGCCCAGGAGAGACUUCCCCAGGUAGAGUUGGGCUGCCACCAAGGCAGCUGAGGCGGGGCUGGGUGUCCACCCAUACCCCUGUGGGCUCUCAGUCCAGUUGUCCCAGAACUCUGAGCCCCUCCCCCCUCAAGGUGCUGUGGCCCAGGGUCCCCGGUGCUGGCUCCAAGCUGCCCAGGCCUUAGCCAGGCCUUUCAUCUCUGGUGGAUCUGCGGGGUUCUCUGCUCAGGAAUGAAGCAACCAGUUCCCUCCUCUUGGGUCAAGAUGCUCCGAAAACCAAGAAAAUCAUUUCCAACUCUUCUGGUGUACAGAAAUGCGGUUUACUUUGUAGGCAAAGUUGGUUCAAUAAAUUAUGCAGCUGUCUCCACCUGCCUCGCCCGGGUUCCUCCGCCCCUGUCCCUCUCCCCUGGCAAUCCCCGGAC